UCAAACACGACGCCUCAUCAGCAGCGGCCGCAUCCUCACCGGGACACCGCAACACAAAGGCUGCUUGUGUAACUGACUGAGGGCUUUAUUGUUGCGCCGCGCAAAUGCGCAUUAAGGGUUACGGUUUGUGCGGUUAUGUUCAUUAAGACAUUCCUGCGCGGAUUGGAUUGGGGCGACGAAGAGAGAGGGGGGUUUACAUAAUAAACUGCAUGCUUUUCACGUGAAAUGCCCCUUUAAAAGCGGGAUCCGUGCAGUCACACCGAGGCGCAUAAAACGAACGGACUUGAGAGGAGUGAAAAGUCGGUGACAGCUGCAGUUUGUUGCGUAAAAAUCUGCGUCGAGAUGGUCUCCUCGUCUCCUUUACCGGAGGGCUUCUCCGAGUUCGAUGUGUUUUCCCUGGGAUCUUGUCUACUAGUGGAGGGUCUGCUGGGCUUCUUUCUAAAUGCGGUGACAGUCGUCGCUUUCCUCAAAGUGAGGGAGCUGAGAACCCCCAGCAAUUUCCUAGUGUUCAGUUUAGCGAUGGCUGAUAUCGGCAUCUCCAUGAACGCAACCAUCGCAGCUUUCUCCAGCUUUCUGAGGUACUGGCCUUAUGGUUCAGACGGAUGCCAGACUCAUGGGUUUCAGGGAUUCAUGACAGCUCUCGCCAGCCUCCAAUUCAUAGCAGCUAUUGCUUGGGACAGAUAUCACCAGUACUGCACCAGGACAAAGCUCCAGUGGAGUAGCGCUGUCACUCUGGUUGUAUGUGUCUGGCUCUUUACUGCCUUCUGGGCCGCCAUGCCCCUCAUUGGCUGGGGAGAGUAUGAUUACGAGCCCCUCAGGACUUGCUGCACAUUGGACUACAGCAAGGGAGACAGGAACUAUGUGUCCUACUUGGUCCCAAUGAGCAUCUUCAACAUGGGCAUUCAGGUGUUCAUUGUCAUGUCCUCUUACCAGGCCAUUUCACAGAGAUUCAAGAAGACUGGAAACCCCAGGUUCAAUCCGAGCACUCCUCUUAAGACUCUGCUGUUCUGCUGGGGCCCCUACGGCAUACUGGCUUUCUACGCUGCCAUCCAGAAUUCCAACCUAGUCUCACCCAAGAUCAGGAUGAUUGCUCCCAUCCUGGCUAAGACUUCUCCCACCUUCAAUCCAUUCUUGUACGCUUUGGGAAAUGAGAACUAUAGAGGAGGGAUUUGGCAGCUUCUCACUGGGGAAAAAGUUCAUGUGCCUCAAAUCGAGAAUAAAUCUAAAUAAACUAUGUAUAUAUUAAGUAUUCACACCCAAUGUCCUUGAUAUGUCUGUCUGUGAGCAACUGUGCCUAUGAUGUGUCUUGAGCAGUGACCAAUCAUUGCCCCUUGUGUUGUGGAUUUGCUUCCUACUGCAUCAGCAGUUUUGUUUCUAGAUGGACUGGGAUAUUACAAAACAGUAGCCUAUUUGGGGGGAAAGAAUUGUAAUUUCUAUGCUGCUAAAAAUGGACUAUACUAAACAUGUCAGUCAAUUGUUCUAUAUACUAAAUACAACAAGUCAUUUUCUUUUUCUGCAACUAAUACGAUUUCUUUGAUUUUUAGUUUUAAUUUGAUUUCUUCUAUUAAGCCAGGAGUGACUUUCAUUAUUCCCAGAAUUUUACACUGUUAACAGAUUUAAUCCAAACAGUCUAAAUGUACCAGUUUCUGGGCUCGCUCAAAACCCAAUCAUACAAAGCAUGAAAAUCAUGGAGCUUCAAACCAAAUGAUGAUUGUGGUAAGUGUCAGCACUCGAAAGUUUACAUUAAAUGUUGAAGUAGCAACUUUUCUGUCAAGCAGGAUAAGAAUAAUUUAAUUAUUUGACCAAUCACUAUGUUUCGAAGUGGCUGUAAUAUUUCUUUCCAUCUGUGUUGCAAAAUGUAAUUUGUUAAAGUUAAAACCUUUUUCAUAUUUAUCUUUUUUCCUUAAAGCUGCCUCGUAUUAAAAAAGAUUUUAAUAUUUCUAUAUUUUAAUUCAGUGAAAAUUUUUUGACAUGUGGUCAACCGAGGAGGCAUUCUUUAUUAAUUACUGCCCCGCCAUUGAAAUGUGAUGUGCGUAGAAACCACAGAUAUGUAAUUCAGUUCUUUGCAUGAUCUCUGUAUCCAUGGUAGAAUAGCAGCGGCCCUCUGAACAAGAGCACCAUUCUUCAACACACAGCCCCCACGAUAAGUCAGAGAUUAGUCGGUGGCUGUAGAUCAACCGGACAUGUUUCUCAGCUCGGCAUUUACAAACGAAGCACAAAGCAGGAGUCUGUGAGGCAAUGAAUUACCUACCAGAUAAAAGAGCUCAGAAUUAACUCUUGUUCUUUCAUUAACUGAACUGAAGUGUAUCCCUAAUUUAGAUCACACUUGGCGUGUUUGUAUUUACCCUUUGUGUGACUUAGACGCGAACAUAAUUUAUCAGUUAAACGUUCACAAAUCAUGGAACAAUACAAAUAUUGUGUCACUUUUUCACAGCUUCACAAGUCAGUUAAUCUGCCAUAAUAAGAUGUGAUGUGUAAUAAGAAAUGUUACCAGGUUACAACAUCUGAGAGCAGAGUGGGAUUCUAGAUGGAAAUGCAUAAUCACAACAGCUGUUGCCACUGAAUGAAUGGUGGAUAUUUUCUUUUAAACGAAUGAUACAGAGGUAUUUCCCAUCUCUGUUUUGUGUUGUGCGCAUGAGAUUCAUCAUACAAGUAAAUCCAUGAUGACACAAAGAGACUCUUUCACAUCUUGACACUCUCAUGUAAAGUGGUUAAUAGUUUAAGUCCUGUAAAAUCUCUUGUUAGCGGUGCUUCUGAAAGCAGAAGCCCAGAUGACAUGAUUCUGUCCCCUCUAAUGUCGUUACAUGUGCAGUGGCUUUUGUAUAUUUAUUUGUGUCUUUGAAAAUGCAACAUGCACAAGUAAUAGCUGAUGUUGUGCCAGUUGGUUCGAAGAUUAUAAUUUUAAGAGAGUGAUCCUCCACAGAGCUUUUGUACUGAAAUAUCAACAACAUGCCAAGAUGCAAAAAACUGUAA